AUGCUAUUAGGGGACAUUACACUAUGUAACAAAAUCGUGGUUGUUACAGGAGGAGGCUCGGGAAUUCACCUCGCAUUUUCUAAGCUUGCACAAGCGGAAGGUGCUAAAGUGAUUAUCGCAGAUCUCAAACUUAGUGAAGAUUUAAAAGGAUUUGAUAAUGAUAUUGUGUUUCAGCAAUGCGAUGUCAGCAGAUGGUCGGAAUUGGAAAAUCUUAUUCAUGUCUCAAUCACCGAGUUUGGGGACGUCCCCGAUAUCUUUGUGGCGGGCGCUGGAGUAUUUGAGCCUGACUGGUCCAACUUUUGGGAUGACCAAGAAGAUGAGCAGUAUAAAUCUGUCCAAAUAAACAUAAGUCACCCAAUAAAGCUUACACGCAUUGCAAUCAGAGCACUGAGAUCAAAGGGUAAAAAAGGUGUUGUGCUCAUUAUGGGUUCAAUUGCCGGAUACUCUGCUCAUUUUGCUUCUCCCUUGUACAGUGCUACAAAACAUGCGCUAGUUGGCUUUACUAGAUCCAUGGGACCUUUGGAAGAAAUUUGUGGCGUCAAGAUUGUUGCAAUAUGUCCAGGAAUUGUGAGAACUCCGUUAUGGACAGCAAAUCCAGCAUUUGUAGAACGUUAUGGAUACAGCGACGCACUUGCAAUCUCAGCCGAAGACGUAGCAAAAUCAGAGCUGAAGCUGAUUAAAGAAGGCCGUUACAACGGAGGUACGAUCUUGGAGAUAUCGCUUUUUGGUGAGCGUGUUAUUCCGGAAUGGGGUAUCAGGCCACCUGGUUCUGAUUCAGCUGAAUCAAUGAAAGGAGCAGAGGUCCCAAAAGAAGUAAUUGAGAGAGCAGUAAAACCAAUCUUAGAUAUCCUAGACAAAGAAUCAAACUUAUGA